AUGAACUUAGGGCGCCGAAACAUUAGUAAGAUAUUAAUCUAUUCUUAAUAGUGCAUUUUUGAGUAACAUAUCCAUGUGUCUCUACAUUAGUUGUUGGAUGUCUAAAUAUUGUUAUUAAGUUCAAUAAAUCAAUUUAAACAUGGAUAAUUUUAAAUUAGACGAUUACUCUACCUACCUUGCACUAACCAUAGGCGGGGGAUCUCUAUUCAUACUCUCCUUUUUAUUUGGACUAUUCAGAGCAUGCAUACUGCAUUCUAGUGUGUUUUGGGGUUAGCUUUACACUUAUAACAAUCGGUAUGGGUUUUGGAUAGACAUCAAAAGAUGUGUAUGGCUAAAUUGACUUUACCUUUAAUUACCCGGUGGCUGAAUUUAUUGGUAUAUGUGGAAUCUUUGUAUAAGCAUUACAUAAUUGUUAUGAACAUAGCUUGGAUGAAGAUUCGAAAUGAAUUAUCAUAUUUAUUGAAAUUUAUAAAAUAUUAUAGUACUAAAAAUAUUCUAAGGAUUACUACUAGAAUUGGAAAUUGUAAUACCUAUAUAAUUUAUUAAUGGUGGUAUAUGUCCUAAGUGUUAGUUUAUUUUCUUGUAAUGAUUGUAAUUUGCGGUUCAAGUUUUUGA